UGAAAGGAAAAAACUGAACAGGAAGUGAUGCCUUUUUAAAGAGACCUUCCUUUUUUUUCCCCUCUGAAGUGGAGAGGACAGCCAUCGCUGGGAGAGAAAAUGAGCUGCUGUUUGAGGGAACAGACCUUGAUUCUGGCUCGGGAUUACAUCGACCUCUGCCUGGGGACGACCCGCCAGUCUCCCAGCCCAAACGCCGAAGCGAUGCGCAGUCUGGCCAAGGAGAUGGAGAAGCAGUACCAGUCCAAAUUUAACUCCCUCCUGCACAGUUUCAUCGCGACGUGCGGACCCGACCCCAGCGUUAACUUGAAGAAGGUCAUGGAGGAACUGGUCGGAGACGGGAUUUUAAACUGGGGGAGGGUGGUUUCUCUCUUCACCUUCACAGGACUGCUGGCACGCCAGCUGUACGCCGAAGGAGCGAGUAUUGACUGUUUUAAGAGACUGGCCGAAACAAUUGCUGACUACCUCGGAGGUGAAAAACGAGAAUGGCUGAUACAGAAUGAAGGAUGGGAGGGCUUCUGCAAAUUUUUCCAAACUGCCAAGGAAGUGAACCAGGAAUCAACCAUGAAGACUGCACUGUUUGCAGCUGCCGGUGUUGGCAUCGCUGGGAUAACUUUUCUCCUCGUGCGUUAGACUAGAUCAGCCUGUGUACUUUUUUUUUAAAUCGUUUUAGACGAGAGCAUUAACGCAUUGAGAGAAAAGGGGGAAACAUGCGUAGUGAAACAUUCAGUGUUCCAGCAUGAUGCAAACGUACACAGUACGCAGAGUCUUUGUGUAGGUGAUGGAUAACAUUUUAGAUCACUAGUUAUAGUCAUCAUUUGGAAUUUUAAAAUUCCUUAAUUGAUCUUUGCACAAAUAACUAAAGUUAUAGUUAAUCUCUUGGCAACAUUAUUUUUGAUUUUUUUUUCUCCUCUUGAACCUUUUGUUUUUACCUCUUUUUCAGAGCACAUUUUUCUUUGUUUCUUGCAAUAUAGACACUCGUCUGGUCUGUAUCCAGCACCUACAAAUGAUUGUCCUGAAAAAAAGUAAUUUCCCCUUUGUCCAUUUUAUAUAUGAAUUGCUUUCUGAAGUUAUAAACAAAUGGUGCACGUUUUCUAACUGUAGUGCACUGUGAAUGGAUAACCAUUCAUAUGAUUACACUUGUUUUUAAGUGGCUUAAAAAGUGUGUCUUUUAUUUAAAAUAUAUUUAUAUUAAAAUACAAAUAAGCUCA